AUGAAUUUGGGGGACAGUCAUGUGGCUCUUCAGUUAUGGGACACUGCAGGCCAAGAAAGGUAUCGCAGCAUUACCAAGCAGUUUUUCCGUAAGGCAGAUGGCGUGGUGGUCAUCUAUGACAUCACAAUGGAGGACAGUUUCAGAUCAGUCCGCCCCUGGCUGGCCAGCAUACAGGAGGCCGUAGGCGACCCUAUACCCGUCAUGCUCCUUGGCAACAAAUCGGACAAGGAGAAUGAGAGAGAAGUGCAGACAAAGGAGGCCGAUAUGCUAGCAGAGGAAGUAAACUUGAUGUUCUACGAGUGCAGUGCUUAUACUGGAGCUAAUGUGCUGGAGGCCAUGAUACAUCUGGCCAGGGUCCUGAGGGAGCAGGAAGACAGAGUAUGGGUGAACACGGUCAGACUGGUGGAUCAACCAUUAAAGAAGAAAACCUGCUGCUAGUGACCACACACACACAAA